GCAGCGCAGCGCACGGGCACCGCCGCCGGAUCAAAGCGGGCGGAGGCGGAGCGGGCGCGCGCCUGCCUGGCUGCCGUCCCCGCCCGGCCUGGCUCCGGGAUCGCGGCCAUGAACCCCCGGGGGCGCCCGACCCGGAGCGCCGCCGCCGCCGCCGCGGGCGAAGGGGCGGAAGGAAGUGGCCGGCGGGCGCGGUCGGAGGGCUUCCCGGCGGGGGCUGCCGCCGCCUGAGCGCAGCCCGCGGCCACGGAGCGCGGAGGCCGCCCGGCCGAGGUGGGGGAGCAGCCCGGGCCGGCCCCACCCACGUCCCCACCCAGCCAGGUCUGGGAAGCGGAGGCGGCGGCGGCGGGCGAGGAGCAGCAGCAGCAGCGGCGGCGGCAGCAGAGGCAGCAGAGCAGCGCCAGCCGAGGCUGCAGCGCCGCGCACAAAGCAGCANACAUGAGCGAGUCGGUGGUCUGCAGCACCCGGGCCACGGUGAUGCUUUAUGACGAUGCCAAUAAAAAGUGGGUCCCGGCAGGAAGUGGAGCCCAGGCCUUCAGCCGCAUCCAGAUCUACCACAGUCCGGCCAACAACAGCUUCCGGGUGGUGGGCCGCAAGAUGCAGCCAGAUCAGCAGGUGGUCAUCAACAGUCCGAUCGUGAAGGGGCUGAAGUACAACCAGGCCACACCCAACUUCCACCAGUGGCGCGAUGCUCGCCAGGUCUGGGGGCUCAACUUCAGCAGCAAAGAGGACGCCAGCCAGUUUGCCAAUGGCAUGAUGUAUGCCCUGGAGGCCCUGGACACUGGAAACUUGGCACCCCCCCUGCGCCCCACCCAGAAUGGACCCACUGCAGACGAACUGGCAGAGCAGCCGAAAAGGCACCAGCAGCCGCUGGAGAAGGAGCAGCCGGAGCAGGCAGAGCGGGAGCGACGGGGGCCCCUUGGAGCCCCUCAGGUCACCCCUCCAGCAGGUGGCCCUCCGCCACCCCCGGGACCACCUCCAGCCCCCCCUGGGCCACCGCCAGGACCUCCUGGCCCACCGCUGGGAGCCCACAGCGGCCCUCCCCCUCCUCCUGGGCCCCCCCCUCCUCCGGGACCACCACCUGGCCCUCCGCCCUCAGGAGGGGGGCCGCCCCCAGCCCCUCCCCUCCCUGCUUCCCUGGGCCCAGGGGAAGGGGCCGGACCACCCACCGGCUUGGCCGCAGCACUGGCAGGAGCCAGGCUGAAGAAGACGGGGAAGGAGGAAGGAGCAAAGCCCCCCCCUGGCGCAGGAGCCCCCCCCAGCGCUCCCGGGGGAGGGGGGCUGAUGGAAGAAAUGAGUGCCAAGUUAGCCAGGCGAAGGCGAGUGGCGGAGCAAAGCGAGAAGGUGGUUCCAAAGAAGGACGAGGGCCCUUUGCAGCAAGAGGACGCCGAUGCCACUGGUGCCAAGCCCACAGAUGCCUUCCGGAGACCGUGGGAGAAGUCCGGUACGACAUUGCCCAGGACAGCUGUGAGCCAGAAGACCACUGCGGCCCCCGCCACAGGUCGGCCACAGGUCGGCCACUUUAGGAUGAAAUCUGCGGGAGCCAUGACGGCCGGGGAGCCCGCGGGGGGCGCAGGGGAUGAAUCUGAGCUGGAGCGGGUGAAACAGGAACUUCUGCAGGAGGUUCGGCGUGAGCUACAGAAGGUCAAAGAGGAGAUAAUCCAAGCGUUCAUCGCGGAGCUUCGGAAGAGGGGGUCCCCUUAGCCCCCAGACCCAGCCGGUGGCACCCGGAGUCCACAGCCUAAUUCUCCCUCAGGCGCAGAAGAGAAUAAAAUGGAGAAUCACAAAGGCCCCCUCCUCACUUUUCUGCCCCCCCCCCAUGCACCAGACCAGCCCCACACACCCCCUUCCCUCGUUGGCUCCCACCGUGCAAUUUUGGGGUGGGGGAAAGGGACAACCUGUGCUGGCCCCCACCCCAGGAAGGGCAGGACCCCCACCUGUGCCUUACCCAGAGCAAUAGCAGGAAACCCCCCCCCUCCCGGAAGGAAGCGGGCUCUUUCCCUGGCGGAAGGGGCUCCCCUCUCCCCAGCCCAGGAAGGGCCAGUCCCUCUGCCCCCCUCCCAUUUUUGGCUCUCGGCCAAGAACUGUGCUUGGUUCCCUCCCCCCCCAGGAGGCCCUCCCUCCUGGCAGCUUACAAGGGCCCGGAUGGGCAGUUCUGGGGGGGGGGUUCCCAUAUCCUCC